AUGCCCGUGGCAAAUGUUGUGUCCUGGACUGCAAUGAUCGCCGGGAACGCGCAGCACGGCCGAUCCGCCCAAGCAUUCCAAUUCUUCCGGAGGAUGAUCCUCCAAGGCGAUCCAAAUUCCCGGCCAAACCAAGUGACCCUCCUCGCGAUCUUGGACGCUUGCUUGAGCUUGACGAGCAAAUCCGCCAUAGCUACCGUACGGGGUCUCGAGGCGCUAGCGGCAGAGUCAAUAUUCCAUGGGGACAUGAUGGUCAACAGCGCGCUGGUCAACGUGUACGGUAGCCUCGGGAGCGCCCCAGAUGCCCGGAGGAUAUUCCAGUCAAUGCCGGACCGCAACGUCGUCUCCUGGAGCUCCAUGGUCGCCGCGCUGGCCAAGUGUCAACGCAGUGGCGAGGCCAUGGCGACGAUGAGAGCGAUGGAGCUGGAAGGGAUCAAAGCGAGCAGCGUGACGCUCCUAGCAGCGAUCGAGGCCUGCGAGAGCUCCGAGGAUGCGGGAAGAAUCCACGCUAGGAUCGUCCGCGAUGGCUUCGAGGGCGACACCAAGCUGGGCAAUGCGCUCGUCAGAUUGUAUGGCCUCAAGCUGGGGAUGAUCGAUCGAGCUCUAGAGGUUUUCGAUCGGAUCCAGCGCAAGGAUGCCGUCUCCUGGGGGGUCGCGAUUGACGCCUGGGCGGUCAGUGGAUUCCCGCGAGAAUCCCUCGUGAUCUUCGCGCGCAUGGAUCUGGAGGGAGUCUUGGUCGAGGAGGUUUCCUUCACUCUGGCGAUCGAUGCCUGUGCGGCGAUCCCCAGCCUGGAGCGCGGACGAAUGCUUCACCGAGAGAUGAUCGAGGGAGAUCGCUGUGGCGUCGAAGAAGAUCUCCGCCUCGGCAAUUCCCUGAUCAACAUAGGAAGCAGCGCUAGAGAUCUUCCAGGCGAUGAAGCUCGAGGGAAUUCUCCCAAACCAAAUCACUUUCCUCAACCUUCUGGCAACGUGUAG